GCCCCUGCCCGCACGGUGGCCGAGCCGCCCGGGAGUUCCCGCGCGUGGCCCCGCGCCCGGAGCGCGCGGGGGGCUGUUGGUUUGGAGGCGGGAGCAGCUGGGGCACCAAAAUAGGAGCCGUUGUGGGCUGGAGCUGCACUAGCAGAAAGCCUAAGCCGCGCCUCUUCCAAAGAUGGUCAGAGGGUCCCGAGGCGCCUCCGCCUCCGCUCGCCGCUAACCCCGGGGCCCGCGCCGCGUCCGGAAGCCGCCGCAGGAGCCAUGGCUCUAAAAGGACAAGAAGAUUAUAUUUACCUUUUCAAGGAUUCAGCACAUCCAGUGGAUUUUCUAGAUGCAUUCAAAACAUUUUACUUGGAUGGAUUAUUUACUGAUAUUACCCUUCAGUGUCCUUCAGGCAUAAUCUUCCAUUGUCACCGAGCUGUUUUAGCUGCUUGCAGCAAUUAUUUUAAGGCAAUGUUCACAGCUGACAUGAAAGAAAAAUUUAAAAAUAAAAUAAAAAUCUCUGGCAUCCACCAUGAUAUUUUGGAAGGUCUUGUCAACUAUGCAUACACUUCCCAAAUUGAAAUAACUAAAAGAAAUGUUCAAAGCCUGCUUGAAGCAGCAGAUCUGCUACAGUUCCUUUCAGUAAAGAAAGCUUGUGAGCAGUUUUUGGUAAGGCACCUGGAUAUAGAUAACUGUAUUGGAAUGCACUCCUUUGCAGAAUUUCACAUGUGUCCCGAACUAGAGAAGGAAUCUCAAAGAAUUCUGUGCUCAAGGUUUAAGGAAGUAUGGCAACAAGAAGAGUUUCUGGAAAUCAGCCUUGAAAAGUUUCUCUUUAUCUUGUCCAGAAAGAAUCUCAGUGUUUGGAAAGAAGAAGCCAUCAUAGAGCCAGUUAUUAAGUGGACUGCUUACGAUGUAGAAAAUCGAAUUGAAUGCCUGUGCACUCUACUGAGCUACAUCAACAUGGAUGUAGACCCAGUGUAUUUAAAAACAGCUUUAGGCCUUCAGAGAAGCGGCCUACUAACAGAAAAUAAGAUACGAUCUCUAAUAUAUAAUGCCCUGAAUCCCAUGCAUAAAGAGAUUUCGCAGAGGUCCACAGCCACCAUGUAUAUCAUUGGGGGCUAUUACUGGCAUCCUUUAUCAGAGGUUCACAUAUGGGAUCCUUUGACAAAUGUUUGGAUUCAGGGAGCAGAAAUACCAGAUUAUACUAGGGAGAGCUAUGGUGUUACCUGUUUGGGACCCAACAUUUAUGUAACUGGGGGUUACAGGACAGAUAACAUAGAAGCUCUGGACACCGUGUGGAUCUAUAACAGUGAAAACGAUGAAUGGACAGAAGGUUUGCCAAUGCUCAAUGCCAGGUAUUACCACUGUGCAGUCACCCUGGGCGGCUGUGUCUAUGCUUUGGGCGGCUACAGAAAAGGGGCUCCAGCAGAAGAGGCUGAGUUCUACGAUCCAUUAAAAGAGAAGUGGAUUCCCAUUGCAAACAUGAUUAAAGGCGUGGGAAAUGCUACUGCCUGUGUCUUACAUGAAGUCAUCUAUGUCAUUGGCGGACACUGCGGCUACAGAGGAAGCUGCACGUACGACAAGGUCCAGAGCUACAAUUCAGAUAUCAACGAGUGGAGCCUCAUCACCUCCAGUCCACACCCAGAAUAUGGAUUGUGUUCUGUUCCAUUUGAAAGUAAGCUCUAUCUGGUUGGCGGACAAACUACGAUCACAGAAUGCUAUGACCCUGAACAAAAUGAAUGGAGGGAGAUAGCACCCAUGAUGGAAAGAAGGAUGGAGUGUGGUGCUGUCAUUAUGAAUGGGUGUAUUUACGUCACUGGGGGAUAUUCCUAUUCAAAGGGAACAUAUCUUCAGAGCAUUGAGAAGUAUGAUCCAGAUCUUAAUAAGUGGGAAAUAGUGGGUAAUCUUCCAAGUGCCAUGCGGUCCCACGGAUGCGUCUGUGUGUAUAAUGUCUGACUGAAUUUGUAGAAAUGGCCAAGUAAUCACUGGUUUGGGGUGUAGUAAAAUAAAUGCAUGGUUUAGAGUCCCUUGCCUGUUCUUGUGGCCUGGCACAUGACAGGUAAAUUCUCAUUCCCAACCCCCACUCUACACCCCGACCCAGUGAUUAGCGAUCGAGAGAAAUCUGGUAUAUAUGUAUCUACAGUUGCAUCAGUGGGGUCAACAUCUACAGUCUCUGCUUUUCGAAGGUCGUCUGGAAUAUUGGAUGCUUGGUAAUGGUGAAAUGCCUUUGUAGUGAAUUUUUUCUCCAGGUAGCAUGAACACUGGGUAUAGGUCAGAAUUAUUCUUUGGAAUGAAAUGUCUCUUAUGACCCUACAAUGUAAUAGUGCACAUUAAGGUUCCAUUUAGCUGUGUGAAAU